AUGGAUUGUGAGAGAAGAGGAAAUUAUAAAAGGGAGAAUGCAUCUAAAAGCAGUAAAUCUUCAGAGGGCAUUUAUAGUAUGAAAGUGAAAUGCCCUUUUAGGAUGAGAUCUGCGUCGAGUGGUAGUGGUUGGAAGGUGAUGGUUAGGUGUGAGUUACACAAUCAUAAACUAUCUGAGCAUUUAGAUGGACAUGACAUAUUGAAUUGUCUAAAAGUUCAUGAGAGACAGUUUGUGGAUGACAUGACUAAGUACAACAUGACUCCACGGUACAUAAUUUCUGCCUUGAAAGACAAAGAUCCAGAAAACCUCACCAGUGUUACCCAAGUGUAUAAAGCUAGAGCUACAUACAAUGCGAGCAAGAGAGGUCCAUUGACAGAAAUGCAAAUGUUGUUGACUCUUAUUCAUAGAGAAAAAUAUAUGUGUUGGACAAGAAAUAAGGAAGACUCAAAUGUUGUUGAUGAUAUCUUCUGGACACAUCCUGAUUCAGUGAAGUUAUUGAAUAUGUUUCACUUGGUGUUGAUUUUUGAUUGUACAUACAAGACAAAUAGGUAA